GCGAGGAGGGGCAGAUUAAGUCAUCGGAUGAGUAAGAUAUAAAGUUUUCUUGGGUGAGCGAGUUCCCGCAGAGAAUUCCAAAGCUGCUGGUGGCCAAGCUGGGAAGAGGUGAUGUUGAAUCCGGCUUAAGGAAAAACACUCAUUUUUUUUUCCCUCUCUGUUUUUAUGUGUGGGGGGACGACCCCUAAUGCUGGACAGCUUCAUCCCUGAAUUUUUGAUUGCUUGGAUCCUGGAUUAUUCUUGGCUGAGAUCUGAGCAGGAUCGUGUUUAACACGCCAGGAACCAUGAAAACUUGGACGCUCUUACCCGUCAUGGCUUGUGGCCUCCUGACUCUGUGUCCUCGGGGGUCCCCGACCAGCAUGGGCCACCCGCUGCCCAAACCCCUCCAAGGCCCUUACACCCCUCAUCCAUCGGUCAGCCACACCCCGCUAUCCGGACCGGAGAAAGGUUCUCCCGCAGUGUCCGAUGACUACGACGACUACUACAAAGAUUAUUACGACAAUUUUCAGACAACCGAGUCCCCCCGUUCCGUCUCCCCGGGGUCGCCAACCCCCUUUUGCGCCUACGACCGCUGCAAACAUCUUCAAGUGCCUUGUGUGGAGUUGAGCCGGCUGAGCAAAUGUUUGUGUCCCGGAGUCACCGGUCCGGACGUAACCCCGGACACUCCCCGUUUACGAGCGGUCCACAUCAGUGAGACCCGAGCCAGCUUACACUGGUGCGCCCCCUCGUCCACAGUUCACAUGUACUACCUCAAGUACCAGGUCCCCGGCGAGGAUUUCAUUUCGGGGCCGCCGCUAAACAGCACCUUCCGUGUCACGGUGCUGUCUGACCUCGUACCUGGCACCGAAUAUAUCCUCUGCGUCGUGGCGGCCAACCGAGCUGGGAUCAGCCCGACAGACGAUGGCGUUCAAGAACACGGACCGUGCCGGCGUGUUCGAACUCCGGCUCACCAGAUGACCUAUGUCUAUAUAGCAGUGGGUUUGGCCUCUGUGGUAAUCCUGGGGGCUGUUUCCGUCCUGUUGUGGCAUUUCUACAUACGGAAAGCCAAACCCGUCCAGCACGGAUCCUUGGAUAAUAUCCUGGACGGGGAGCUGAGUUCGGGACACGCCGGAGCCACCAACAGCUCAUUCCGGACGGAAGAACAACUGUUGAUGGCGGCUUCCUAAUGCCAGUUUCUAUUAGUGUCCGGUUUUGGAUAAUGACCGAGUAUCUUUUUAUGGUAGGGACACUGAGGCACGAUCAUGAAGAGGCUGCGCAAGUGAUGGAAGACAGUGGAGCUCCGAUGACGGACAGUUUGGACCGAACUCUCACUUUUCUGCUGGACGAUGGUUUUCAAAGUGAAUUGAUUCUCUUUACGGACCGCAGGUAGUCCUCGACUUACGGCCGGGCGUUGAGCAACCAUUCAAAGCUAAAACGGCGCCGAGAAAAAGCGACUAACGACCAAUCCUCACACCGAAGGACCAGUACGGCAUCCCUAAUAUGGUCACGUGAUCAAAAUUUGGGCGCAUGUAUUUAUGAUGGCUGCGGGGUCCCAGAGUCAUGUGAUCCCCAUUCGUGACCUCGUCAGCCGGCUUCUGACAAGGAAAAACAAUAGGCUGAAGCUGAAUUCGGUUAAUGACCAUGUGAUUCACGUAGCAACCAUGGCAAAAAACAACAACAACCUUGUAAUAUUGGACUGCCUUAUAGCUGCCCUACUUAGCAAUGAAAAUUCUGGUCCCAAUUGUCAUCGUAAGUCGAGGACUAUUCGUUUUAUCUCUCUCUCUCCCCCUUCCUUCCUUCCUUCCUUCCUUCCUUCCUUCCUUCCUUCCUUCCUCCCUCCCUCCCUCCCUCCUUCUCCUCCUUCCUUCCUUC